AUGAAUCUGAAGGACUUCCAGUGGACGGGAGAGUGCGAAUCUACUCUCCAAGAGCUAAAGUCAUAUCUCACCACUCCUCCUUUCCUAUCCAAGCCACUGCUCGGUGAGACCUGCUAUAGCCAUCUAGAGAAGCUGGCCUUAGCCCUGAUAGUCUCCGCUCGCAAGCUCCGACUCUACUUCCAGGCUCAUCCAAUCGUGGUCGUUACCUCCUUCCCUGUAAAGUUGGUCCUCCACAAACCAGAAGUCUCCAGACGCCUAGCCAAAUGGGCCGUGGAACUAGGGGAGUACGACGUAAUAUUUCGACCCGCCACAGCUAUAAAGUCAGUGGUCCUAGCAGACUUCGUGGCUGAUUUCUCCCCUGCCUUGCUCCUAGCUUUAAAGCAGGAGGUACGCCUCCAAGGCGAAACUAAGAAAGAGGGAGAAUGGAUCCUGCACGUUGAUGGAUCCAGUAAUGUCAGAGGAGCUGGAGUGGAGAUAGUGCUUACAUUGCCAAUGGGGAACAUAGCCUCAAGGGCCGUGAGAUGA